UAAAGGAGGUCUAAAGGACUAAAGGAGGUCUAAAGGACGUAUAAAGGAAGUCUAAAGGAGGCGGGGCCAUGCGUGGGCCGGGCGUGGCCAGGUCUCGUAGACAGGCCUUACGGGGAGCCGGGUACCUUUUCCAGGGCCAGUCCUCCUCCUCCCGCCUCUCCGUGGCCGAGGAGGCCUUCCUGGAGGCGGCCGAGUACGGAAACGUCCCCGAGGUGAGGCGGAUGCUGGACGAAAUGCCCCUCCUCAACAUCAACUGCGUGAACUACAUGGGCCAGAACGCGCUCCAACUGUCCGUGGCUAGCCAGCAUCUGGACGUAGCCCAGCUCUUACUCAAGAAAAACCACCUGGCGAGGAUAGGGGACGCGCUAUUGCUAGCUAUCAGUAAGGGCUACAUCCGGAUCGUGGAGGCCAUCCUGAGCCACGAGGCGUUCGCGGACGGUCGGAGACUGACCAACAGCCCCAGCCAGACGGAAACGCACGACGACUUUUUCUCCUACGACGAAGACGGGACCCGGUUCUCCCACGACAUCACGCCCAUCAUCCUGGCCUCCCAGUGCAACCAGUACGAGAUAGUGCACAUGCUUCUUCUGAGAGGGGCCCGGAUUGAGAGGCCCCACGAUUAUUUCUGCCAGUGCGGGACGUGCAAUGAAGACCAGUGGAGGGACUCCUUCAGCCUAUCCCAGUCCCGGAUCAACGCCUACAAAGGCCUGGCCAGUCCGGCCUAUCUCUGCCUGUCUAAUGAAGACCCCGUGAUGGCAGCUCUGGAGCUGAGCAACGAGCUAGCGGUGCUGGCUAACAUCGAGAAGGAGUUCAAGAACGAUUAUAAGAAACUGUCCAUGCGGUGCAAAGACUUCGUGGUGGGGAUUUUGGAUUUGUGUCGAAACACAGAGGAGGUGGAGGCCGUCUUGAAUGGGGACACCGAGUCGUGCCCUAAGUCGGAAGUCUUUGGAAGACAAAACCUCAUCAGGUUAAAACUAGCAAUAAAGUAUGAAGUUAAAAAGUUCGUGGCCCAUCCAAACUGCCAGCAGCAGCUCCGGGGUAUCUGGUACGAGAACCUGUCGGGGCUUCGGCAGCAGACGAUGGCGGUGAAGGUGCUGCUGGUUCUCUGUGUGGCCGCCGGGCUGCCCCUGCUGGCCCUCGUUUACUGGAUCGCACCUUCAAGUAAGCUUGGCAAAAUCAUGUGUGGACCUUUCCUGAAGUUCGUGGCGCACGCGGCCUCAUUUGUGAUUUUCCUGAGUCUCCUGCUGCUGAACGCAGCCGACCGCUUCACAGGAACGGCCCUGCUGCCCAACAUGACCGCCCACGACUUCCCGACCCAGCUUUUCCGGGUCAAGACCACCUCCUUCUCCUGGAUGGAGAUCCUCAUCAUCUCCUGGGUCAUAGGGAAAAUCUGGGAAGAAUGUAAAGACAUUUGGUCACAGGACAUUGGAGAGUACCUCUCAGAACCCUGGAACCUGCUUGACUUUAGUAUUUUGACCAUAUUUAUGACGUCUUUCAUUGCCAGAUUAAUGGCCUUCUGGCAUGCACAUUCUGCUCAGAGUUACGUUGACAAGCACUCUGCUGACCUACCAAACAUCACUCUGCCCUACGAGGUUCAGUAUUUCCAACUGGCUCGAAUCCACUGGAUGCCCUCUGACCCUCAGCUCAUCUCUGAAGGCCUUUAUUCCAUCGCGGUCGUUUUGAGCUUUUCGCGUAUCGCUUACAUCCUGCCGGCCAACGAGCGGUUCGGGCCUCUGCAGAUCUCUCUGGGCAGAACCGUGAAGGACAUCUUUAAGUUCAUGGUGAUUUUUAUCACCGUGUUUGUGGCGUUCAUGGUGGGAAUGUUCAACCUGUACUCGUACUACCUUGGAGCCAAACACAACAACGCCUUUACCACAGUGGAAGAAAGUUUUAAAACCUUAUUUUGGGCCAUUUUUGGGCUCUCAGAAGUCAAAUCGGUGGUCAUCAACAUCAACCAUAAGUUCAUUGAGAACAUAGGCUACAUUCUUUAUGGAGUCUACAACAUCAUCAUGGUGAUCGUGUUGCUGAAUAUGCUCAUAGCAAUGUUUAACAGCUCCUUCCAGGAAAUAGAGGAUGAUGCUGAUGUUGAGUGGAAGUUUGCCAGAGCAAAGCUGUGGUUCUCCUACUUUGAGCAUGGCGGGACUUUACCUGUCCCCUUCAACCUGGUUCCCAGUCCCAAGUCUGUCCUCUCCCUCCUGUCCUGGAUCAAGGAAUUUAUUUGGAAUGCACUUUCAGGAAAAAGCAGUGAAAAUUCAAAUGGUGACGUGGAGCUGAACAAUUUAAGAACAAAUGAAGAACAGAAAAUGGAGACUCCUCAUCCUGAAACGCGUCAUCAGAAAGUAAUGAACUGCCUCAUUAAAAGAUACGUCUUAAAAGCACAGACGGAUAAAGACAACGAUGAGGUGAAUGAAGGCGAGCUGAAGGAGAUCAAGCAGGACAUCUCCAGUCUGCGCUACGUGCUGCUGGAAAGGGGAAACCACGACAUGAAGACGCUGACAGAGCUGGUCCGGCAGCUGGAUGAAGUUAUCCACGAAAACCAGGAGGAAGAGCAACAGGACUUGGAUGAAUUCUCAAAAAAACUGGAGACAUUAGGGGAGUAGUAAUGGCAUGAACCUAUACAGUGGGCGAAAUAAGUAUUUGACCCCUUGCUGAUUUUGCAGGUUUGCCCACUUACAAAGAA